CCCCCAACGAAAAAAGAAAGCCCGUCACCCCCUCUCUCUCGCUCGUCCGCUUUGUUCUCCGUCCCGCUAUUGCUCGCGAUGCCGGAGCUCCUCUUCUUCGGCGACGACGGCGACGACGGCUUCGGCGACUUCAAAGUCGCCGCCUCCUCGUCCUCGUCAUCCUUCGCCGCCCCUUCCCCGGCUCUGCCCUCUCUCUUCCCUGACCCCGCCCCCCCGCCGCUGCCGGAGGACGACGACUGGGGCGACUUCGUCGUCGGCUCGCCCGGAUCCCAUGCCUCCUCCCAGAACCCACCGCUCCCCUUCGAUCGCUUCCCCGAUGCCGCCCCGAUCGCCGCGCCUCAGGACGCGGCCGACGCUGGCAAGGCUUGGGAGAAGGUCAGGGGAGCGAUUCCGCUCUCUAUAUUCGGAGAAGAGGACGUGGAGGAACCCGACACCUUGGAUCCCCCAACCCUCUUUGGCAGCGGGUUCUCGUCUUCUUCUUUGAAGAGUCCAGCGAAGAAUGAGAUUGGAUCGGGUGCGGAUGUGGGAUUAAAGGAUCUGAUUGCGAAUCUUUAUGGCCAGGCGGGAACCGUUGGUGGUGUCGGCUAUGAGGAGGCGAAGGUUGGAUCUGAUCCGGUCGAUGGGGAUGAUGGCUUCGACGAGAGUAGCUGGGAAUUCAAGGAUGCCUCCUCGCCGGACUCGGAGGUUAAGAAAGAAGAAAAGGAUUCUGAGAUCUCUGGGCUUGAUAAGAAAGCAGCGGCAAAUGGUAACGGAAUCGAGGUUGUGGAUAAUGGGUCGGGAGAUCAUUGGAGAACCACUGGUCUGCUUAGUGUUAACAACGGCGAGCAAGAUCUGAGUCAUAUAUUUUCCCAGCAUGAUGGAUUUACAAACGGGUGGAACUUUGAUUCUGGUGCUGUUCCUUAUAUGGAUUCGAGCUCAGAUGCGUACGAGCAAACCAAAGAUGUGGAGAAUGGAAAUGGGUUGCUUCACAAUCUGGAGAAUAAUGAAGAAGAUAGAUGGGAAGUGCAGGAUGCAUUUUCCAGAAGUAAAGUUGAAACAGCUGUUUCGGGACAACAGAAGAAUUCAGAUGCUGAAGCGGAAUUGCUUGCAACCAACAACGGAACUCAGGGCACUAUCUUGUGGGAGAAUAAUAUUGGCGACUGGCCUGCAACAGCUUACACAAAUGGACACAAGAAGGAUGAUAAUGGGUUCCUUUGUGACCCUAGCUAUGUGGGAAAUGAAAUCAAGGAUUCGAGUUAUAAUUCAAUUGUUGGUUUUGAUGAUAGUAUCUUAAAGUUGUACAAAAAGGCUGAUCUGGAAAAUGAUCAGCUCCCACAAAAUCCCAGAGAAAAUGUACAAAGCUCAUCUGAAUGCUUACAUUCUGUCAGUACGAAUGGUAAUGAUGACUUUGAUGAAAUUGAUUGGGAAUUCCAGAAGGCUACAGAAACAAUAGUCAGUGAUCAGAAUUCUUCAGUCCAAACAGAUCAAUUAAAUUCUGCUGAGUUGACGCACAACAUUUUUCUAGAUCUCUACCAUAGAUUAGAAGCAGCAGCAUUAUUCUUAGCAGUUCAUGCCCUCGAUGAUCUCAAGAAAGCUCAAAAGGUUGCUGCUCUCUCUGGUGACCAAGCUAAAGCAAUGACAAUCAAUGGGGAAAUCCAGGAAGCUUAUAAGAAGUUAGGAGAAGCUAUAGUUGUGGAAGAUGCCUACAUUAAGAAACACCCAUCAAAAGAUGUGUGUGUUAGUCAACUGAUUAAAGUCAUAGGAGAACCACGGUUCAAAGCUCUUGAGCAAGAAUAUCGCUUGUCAGAAAAAAUACUAUCAGUAUGUACCCUUCCAUUUCUGGCAGAGAAAGAUUUAGGUUCAGCAGUUAAACUUUUUGAGCAUUCCAACUCAAUACUGCAUAUCUUGCAAUUAGCAUCCAGAGAGGAACAGCAUGCUUAUAUUAGUGUUUGGUCUAGUAUGGCUUUAGUUUGUGCUCAAGAGUUGCAGCACGGAGCCAUGAUUUGGGCAGAAUCACUUGGUGCGAAUGUCUGCCAACAAAUAUUGUCUCAAGGAAAUCAAUAUUUUCUUGCCCUUGGGGAGAUUUAUAGAGCCUCUGAAAUUUUAAGAGCCUCUAUGAAAUAUUAUAAGCCUUGGUUUUUAACAAAUCAGGGGGUCUCAUGCAAAGUACAAGCUUGCUUGGAGAAGUGUGCUGAAGCAUGGAUAACCUGCGGUCUGGAGAAAGCUCUUAAAAGCAUCUCUAGUGCCACUGGUGAGCAUGCUGAAGUAGCAAAAGCGUUGCUUGAAUCCAUUAAAUUUUUUCGCAACUUAGAUGAGUUCCCUCUUCGAAACAAUAUGCUUGGCCAUGACAGAAUAAUUUGUAUGAUAUCGUUAUUGCCCAUGUCACUAUUACAAGACAUGAAAACAGUGGUUUGGGCUGGGGAACAUUAUUGUGUCAAGCUUGUAAAUUUUUGGGCUAAUAGGAUAUCUCCUGAUCCUCCUCAGUUGCCACAUAUUCAUGUCAGCUAGCUUGGAAGUCCAAACUAAAAUUGGAAGCAGGUUCUUCUAAAGCUGGUGGAGGUGCCCUGCUAUCAUGUGAAGAGCAAUUCUUAUUCAGAUGAAGCUGUGACUACUGUGGAUAAUGCUGAUAAAAAAAAAACAUCAAGAGUGCACCUUCAAUGCUGAAAGAAUGUUUUAGUCAACAGAGAAUUGGAACCACUUGCUAUAUGGUGGAACAUAUCCAUCCAAGUGCACCUUCAUGAGGCCUGUGAAAUGCAAGGCUGAAGCCAUCGUGGUCGAUUCAUUCAUGUUUCCUAGUUCAUUUUUUUUUUCUUUUUUAUGUUAGUCCCACUAUAUUCUGGAAAUAUCUGUUUGUAAAUCCCUGCUUGGUUAUCAUUCUUUUGUGUCAUUAAAAUGGCAGUGAUAGAUGCUACAUGACCAAUGUUGGCAUUUGAUAAUUCUGGGGUUAGAAAAAUUAUGGAUGCGAAAGCUUUUCAGAGAUGAUAAAUAUACCUGGUAAUGAAGAGGCCUUCAAUAACUCGGAUGUUUGAGUAUGGUUUCGUUUUCAUUCUCUGGGUUGGUUUUUGGCGCUGCAGUGAAGCCAAUGCAGCAGAGUGCAGAGAACAUGAUCGGCAUUUGUAAGAUUUCCAAUGAAGUCAUAAAUGCAAUUACAAUUACUAUUACCAUGUAAUAUUAAACCCCAUAGAUUGUAAUCUAGCUGUAUCCAUUGAUUCUAGAAGGAAAUUUUGGCCUUUGUAUUCUUCCAUUUCCUUGGAAAAUUAUUUGGCCUUGCCUAUAACAUUGCA